AUAAGAACGAAGUUUUGUAAUGAAAACGAAGGUAGGUCUAGGUGAGAAAGAUGCGGUAUCAGAGAAGUUUUUGGAGCGUAGUAUGAAUGAGUAGGAAAUGAGGUUAGCAUGAUGAUAGGUUGGCAUGUUGAAUAAAGUAUUACUCCUUCUUAACAGGGACGGUUGAAUCAGGAGAUCAGCUGAGAUGGCGGAAGACGUAGCUGAUGGUGUGGGAAACAAGCUGAUGAUCGAUGACUUGGUUGCGCAGAGCAACAUUCCCAAGGUUGAGACCUUUCUGUUUAAAGCGGAGCGGGUCUCUGAUUGGAUGGAACUGGUUGAGCAGGCAAUGGUAGGUGUAGCAGAUGCAGUGAAGUUCCAAUGCAUUAUGAAGUACGUAUACCAUGGACUUCACAAGGAAGUGAACAAGGUCAUAGCGGCAGCGAAUGACAGUUGGGUGAGGUUCAAGGAUGGUAUGCAAAGGAAGUUCAAAUUGGGGAAUGGUCUGCUGACGACAGCGGGCUUGGAGGCAAUGAACAGGGACGAUUUCACCACCGUCGGGGCUCUUGCUGAAGAAUUCAAGAAGAAGGUCCACCAAUUCCAGAUGCGCGUUCACAAGCAAAAGCGGAAGGAGCGUGAUGCGACCGCUACGGAGACUCCAGGAGUAAAGCGAAUCAUCACGGAUGUGCUUGCGGAGCUGGGCUAUGGAAAGGACCCCGUAGUGCCGAAAAAGGUGGUGACCACGGUUCAGGGAAAAGGAAAGGAAUCGAUAGUGGAGGAGGUUGCCCAGGAAGAAUGGGACGAGGAGUCAGUGCCCCAACACCUUCUAAAGGCGCAGGGGCCUUCCGAUGAGUUAUCCAUUGGGAAGGUCAUCCUGGAGCCAGAGGAGGCAAGGACGAAAAGGGAGGCAGAAAAGGAGGCCUUUGAGUUCAAGACGCCUACAGAGCUUGCCAGUCAGCCUAUAGCCUCUCAAGAGUCAGUAGCGGAGUCCUUGCCAGUGUCAGCCGAAGAAAGUGAGUCUGCUCAGGGAUCAACAAAAGGGUCUAUGGAUGUGCUCUUGGAAGCACUCGGCACUAUGCAGGAGGGGGUGAGUACACCUAUACCCGACCGAAGGGUGGAGGCAGUUCGUGAGGAGGUGUCAAUGGUCCUGACGGGAGAGAUGCAUGAGAGCAGACCUCAGAGGUUAGAUACCCCCGAGUACGUCCCAUAGAUAGGCGAAUUGAGGAGUGGACUGGAUCUUGGGCUACCGGAUCUAGUUCUAGGGGUCA